GCGCCUGUGUCUGAGCUGGCCUGGGUCACCUGUGGUCACCUGUCCACUCUGUGUCUGGUGGAGGGAACAGACAAGACGUCAGCGUGGUGGUCAGUGGUCAGGUCACGCUGAGUGUGCGGCAGCUUGCGCCUGUGUCUGAGCUGGCCUGGGUCACCUGUGGUCACGUGCGGAGUGGCGACGCCUCCCUGGGCUCACCUGAGGGCGUGCAGGUAAUGGUGGGCGGGGAACAAGUAAAUGUCGGGAGGUGAGUGACUAAGGUGGUGGUCACCGUCACUGUUGUUGUGGUUUGUUUGUUUGUUUGUUUGUUGAUUUCUUUUAUUCCCAAGACGUGGCGGCGCCGCCUGGCUGUCUGCUGGUGCUGCCUGCCAGUGGUCUGACCAUUUUGUCGCGAGUGUUUGGGCGUUGUCCUUUCUGGGGAUUUCCCGGCCCAUACUGAGUGAGGUUUGGUUAGGUUAGGUUUUCUGGUCAAGAUUUUCCCGUCACAGUGGUGGCAGCCACGCAGGACAAGACACACGGUAAUUCUUAAGAAAUACACAUCCACACAUAUCUUAUUAAUCUUUUCCCCUCUCCCCCAACAAGCUUGGGGCCACGUGGGGAAUUGGGUUUGUUUUUGGAGGGGGACAUAAAAGACCGAUAAAUGGACUGAAAAUCUAGGGAAAUUUCCCUAAAAUAAAAAAAAUUUGGGGUAAAAUUUAAGUUUUAACCAAUACUCCAGAAUAAUUAUAUACCUAUCCUAACCUAACCUAACCGGGGGGGCUGCGCACCCCAUGAACCCCCCCCCUGCUAUCCGGGGGGGCUGUGUCCCCCUGGAUCCCCCUAAGGUUAAAGUGUCAUUAAACAUCAUAGACUUAGUAGCAUGGACAAAAGCACCCUGCGUGUAAACCAACGCACGAACGCACGCAGUGUAACUUCAGCACGGACAGGUAAGCAGGACGGAUCUCGGGAAUACUGGAGAAACUUUAACAUUGUAUUGUAACCUUAACAUCAACGAGCGAUCAGUAAAACCUUUACAGACUUGUAGCUAUACUACUUACACUUCUUGAAACCACACCUUAUUGAAAAUAAUCUUGGGUGCGUUGUUCUUAAGAUUUUCCAGACACACACCGUCAGUAAGGUUAGUUUGGUCUCCUGGACAAAAUUUUCCCGUCACAGUGGUGGCAGCCACGCAGGACAAGACACACACCAUCAGUUAGUCUUUUCUGCUUUCUUGUUUUAUUUUUGUUAUUUUGUUAAUUUGUUUAAUAUUGUUUUUUUUUGUUUGUCGUGCAGAACAGACGCGGUGAAAGAGCAAGGCCAGACUGGCAAGUCCUCCUGUCCAUUGUGCCCCAGAGCCUCUCAGAUCAGUGGCUGGCAAGUCCUCCCAUCCUCUCUGCCCCAGAGCCCCUCAGGUGCAAGGUCGGUGUGCAUCCUUGGUGCAGCCCCAGGGUUCCUGCAGGAACAGCCACGGCCAGGAGCAGCGUUGCAAUGGAGGGUGCGAGGCCAGGCAGCAGCAGCAGCAGCGGCAGUAGUAACAGCCUGGAGCAGCAGGUGACCCAAGGCGGGAGGACCUACACUUGUGACCACUGCGGCAAAGUGUGCUCCACCAAGGCUGCCAUUGCCAGACACGUCCUCUCCCAUGCCAGCAAGACAAGGCUGAGAGGCAGGAGUGGCCCCGCUGAACACACUGCCACCCACACUGGUGGCAGGAACCACAAGUGUGACCUCUGCGGGAAGACAUUUGUCCGGAAGAGUCAUCUUGCCUCACACAUCCUCACCCACACUGGGGAGAGAAAGUUCCAGUGCCUGGAGUGUGGGAAAAGAUUUACCCAGAAGGGUUCCCUUAACACACACAUCCUCACCCACACUGGGGAGAGAAAGUUCCAGUGCCUGGAGUGUGGGAAAAGAUUUACCUGGAAGGGUUCCCUUAACACACACAUCCUCACCCACACUGGGGAGAGAAAGUUCCAGUGCCUGGAGUGUGGGAAAAGAUUUACCCAGAAGGGUACUCUUGACAGUCACAUCCUCACCCACACUGGGGAGAGAAAGUUCCAGUGCCUGGAGUGUGGGAAAAGAUUUACCCAGAAGAGUAAUCUUAACACACACAUCCUCACCCACACUGGGGAGAGAAAGUUCCAGUGCCUGGAGUGUGGGAAAAGAUUUACCCGGAAGGGUACUCUUGAGAGACACAUCCUCACCCACACUGGGGAGAGAAAGUUCCAGUGCCUGGAGUGUGGGAAAAGAUUUACCCGGAAGGGUUCCCUUAACACACACAUCCUCACCCACACUGGGGAGAGAAAGUUCCAGUGCCUGGAGUGUGGGAAAAGAUUUACCCAGGAGAGUCAUCUUAACACACACAUCCUCACCCACACUGGGGAGAGAAAGUUCCAGUGCCUGGAGUGUAUGAAAAAAUUUACCCAGAAAAGUGAUCUUAACAGACACAUCCUCAUCCACACUGGGGAGAGAAAGUUCCAGUGCCUGGAGUGUGGGAAAAGAUUUACCCAGAAGGGUACUCUUGACAGUCACAUCCUCACCCACACUGGAAAGAAGAAGAGAAAACAGCCAAAAUAAUAGCUGUUGCAGUCCCCGGUGACUCCGGCCUCAGUAGAGCUGAAAGGCACAAAACUACAAAAUAUCACGACCUAAAAAGUGACCUGGGAACAACAUGGUCGCCGAUGGACACCGGUAUAAUACCAGUGGUGGUGUGGGCGACAGGGCUAAUGAAGAAAACCUGGAGAGCUGCCUGGAGGCAAUCCCCGGUCGCCCAAGUGCCCACGAGGUACACACAGCUGCGGUCGCCACGCUGAACAUAACCCUCGGAUGGAAUGCCGGCGCUGCUGAGGGUGUGACCGCUAACACCAGGCUUGGGGCCCAUUGCACUCACCAGACAACAAAACAGGAAAGUGCAGAAAACUGGGAGAGAAAGUUCCCGUGCCUGCAGUGUGGGAAAAGAUUUAUCCACAAAGGUAAUCUUAACACACACAUCCUCACCCACACUGGGGCUUGUACAAACUCAGUGCACCCUGAGUGUAGGAAGACAGAAGGAAGCAGAAACAGAAGGAUUUCCUCUGAACCACUGGAGAGAGAAACUGCAGCAGAGGAUCACCCAUCAAAGAGAAGAAAUCUGGCAGAUAACAAGCUUCCUGCAAGACCAAAACCACACAAGGAACCUCCUCAAGAAAACAGACAGAAUGACAGCAAGGCGCAGCGCAAGCAACGGCCGGCCGGGCAGAAGACCGGCAGGGGCCGAGCCCCGGCCGAAGCCUUGGCACCACAAAUGAGGACAAAGACAAGAAAAUAAAGGCCAGAAAGAUGAAGAGGCAGCUUGCAGAAAAGCCAGGGGUGGUGUGCAGGCACAUGGCUAAGACCUCAAUAGAAGUACAAGACCCACCCAAGAAAGAAGUGGCCGAAGGAUGCUGGAGGCCACUGCAGGAAGACCCACGCAGCAUCAGGCAGCCAUGGGGAUACACACCACCGCAGUUAAACACACAAGUAAACAGCAACAUUGCCAGCUGUUCAACUUUCUGAAAACGGGGAGAGUAUGUUCCCGUGCCUGCAGUGUGGGAAAAGAUUUACCUACAAAGGUAAUCUUAACACACACAUUCUCACCCACACUGGGGCUUGUACAAACUCAGUGCACCCUGAGUGUAGGAAGACAGAAGGAAGCAGAAACAGAAGGAUCUGCUCUGAACCACUGGAGAGAGAAACUGCAGCAGAGGAUCACCCAUCAAAGAGAAGAAAUCACAAAUGAGAAAGCACCACAAAUAAGGACAAAGACAAGAAGGCAGCUUACAGAAAAGCCAGGGGUGGUGUGGAGACACAUGGCAAAGACCUCAAUAGAAGUACAAGACCCACCCGAGAAAGAAGUGGCCGAGGGAUGCUGGAGGCCACUGCUGCAAGACCCCACGCAGCAUCAGGCAGCCCCGGGGAUACAGACCACCACGGUUAAACACACAAGUAAACAACAACAAUGCCAGCUGUUCAACUUACACAGAAAGGUCUGCUGAGAAAGAGAGGGAGUCAGUGCAGCAAGUUUGAGGCUCCAGGUGUAGACAAAGCCCCAAGUUUUGGGUCAGAAAGAUUACACAAGUGCACCGUUCCUUGCACUCGUUUGUACCAGACUACAGAAAGGAAAAGAGGAGCCCCCACAAUGGCUGGCCACUGGAAACACCAGCCUGCCACCAAACGCCAGCCAGACUCCACUGCCAGCCAGACACAGAGCCGUCCGCUGCCCGUCAACAACACGCAGGUGGCCGACAGAGACACCGGCGUGGAGUUUGGUCUGGUGGAGUGCUCCACAUGCACUGGCAGGACUGGCAAGAAGGUAGCACCAGAAACACACACACUGGUGAACAGGACUGCAUUCAACACCUUGCUCAACACUCCACAUGCAAGUGUUUGGGAACACAAGAGAAUGCCACACUACAACACAAAAAAUGAGAAAAACAAUCAACAAAGAAUUACCUUAACACCUUGAAAAAGAUUCGCAGGUCAGAACUACCACCAAAAAACAAGACUACUGCCAGAAACCAGCUGGCAGUACCAGUAGUGACUUGUGGGUGUGGUGUGGUGUGGUGACUGGCCACAAGACUACUGCCACAAACCAGCUGGCAGUACCAGUAGUGACUUGUGGGUGUGGUGUGGUGUGGUGACUGGCCACAAGACUACUGCCACAAACCAGCUGGCAGUACCAGUAGUGACUUGUGGGUGUGGUGUGGUGUGGUGACUGGCCACAAGACUACUGCCACAAACCAGCUGGCAGUACCAGUAGUGACUUGUGGGUGUGGUGUGGUGUGGUGUGGUGACUGGCCACAAGACUACUGCCACAAACCAGCUGGCAGUACCAGUAGUGACUUGUGGGUGUGGUGUGGUGUGGUGACUGGCCACAAGACUACUGCCACAAACCAGCUGGCAGUACCAGUAGUGACUUGUGGGUGUGGUGUGGUGUGGUGUGGUGACUGGCCACAAGACUACUGCCACAAACCAGCUGGCAGUACCAGUAGUGACUUGUGGGUGUGGUGUGGUGUGGUGACUGGCCACAAGACUACUGCCACAAACCAGCUGGCAGUACCAGUAGUGACUUGUGGGUGUGGUGUGGUGUGGUGACUGGCCAAAAGGUUUAUUCUGAAAUGUAAUCUUGACAAACAUCCUCACCCACACUGUGGUAAGGAAGUACAGGUGUGGUGUUUGUGGCAGUGUUUCUGUAGGAAGAGUGGUGUUGCCAGACACAUCCAAACACUCCUGUGGGGGUGAGGUGUUGUGGAUGUGCUGGUGGUGUGUGAGGGACUUGGAGUGACUAGUGUUUGUGUGUUGUUACUUUGUACUCAAGUGUUGGAAUAAACUUUUGUUGCUAGAA